CCCGUCUGCCUGGCAGUGAUCCAAGUAGAGUUCUAGACCAAUCAGGCGACGACAGGGUCGUUCACUGGCAAGCGGGCCAGUGCGUGACGUGGCCCAGCUUUUGCAAAUUAAAGGGCACACAGCGUCAUCUAGCGAGGACUGGACACAGUCCCAGUCCCAGUCCCAGCAAGAAACGCUUGCGCGCGCGCGCGCGCGGACCGAGUCCUGGAGCUGGAUGCCAAGAGCGAGUUCACACUAUCCAGUGGCGUCAAACCGUGAUGAUGGAGUGGGUCGGCAGACCAAGCCCAUGCCCAAGACCAGAUAGAUAGCGCACUCCUCCUCCCUUCCCUUCGCGCCAUCUCCUUCCUCCCUCUCCUUUCCUACCGCGAUGUCCACGUCCCGUCUCCUUCCGCUCUCGGAUUAGUACUAGCUAGCUAGCACAUCGCCCACCACGCGCACCAGCACGAUCGAAGAAGCCAAGGCGUGCUUGCUCCGUUGCUUCGCCAUGGGGAAUUGCUUCGGCUCCGCAGACGCCGCCGCCGCCGCCACGAAACCGCCGAGUCCUACCAAAGGGCCGCCGGCAUGGCCGAAGCCGACCGACGGCGGCAGGACGCAGGAGAAGGGAGGUGCGGGGCCGGGGCGCGUCCUCGAGGCGCCGAGGCUGAGGGAGUUCACGCUCGCGGAGCUGCGGGCGGCGACGAAGGGGUUCAAGCCGGAGAUGGUGCUCGGGGAGGGCGGCUUCGGCCGGGUCUACAAGGGCUGGGUCGACGAGCGCACGCUCAACCCGGCCAAGAGCAGCGCCGGCGUCAUCGUCGCCGUCAAGAAGCUCAACCCGGAGAGCGUCCAGGGCCUGCAGGAGUGGCAGUCCGAGGUCAACUUCUUGGGCAGACUGUCGCACCCCAACCUGGUGAGGCUGCUGGGCUACUGCGGCGAGGACAGGGAGCUGCUCCUGGUGUACGAGUUCAUGUCCAAAGGCAGCCUGGAAAACCAUCUCUUCAGGAGGGGUUCGACCGAGCCGUUGGCAUGGAACACGAGGCUCAAGAUCGCCAUCGGCGCGGCGCGCGGGCUGGCCUUCCUGCACUCGUCGGAGAAGCAGGUCAUCUACCGGGACUUCAAGGCGUCCAACAUCCUCCUCGACUCGGACUUCACGGCGAAGCUGUCGGACUUCGGGCUGGCGAAGAACGGCCCGUCGGCGGGGAGGUCCCACGUGACGACGCGUGUGAUCGGCACCUACGGCUACGCGGCGCCGGAGUACGUGGCGACGGGGCACCUGUACGUGAAGAGCGACGUGUACGGCUUCGGCGUGGUGCUGCUGGAGCUGCUGACGGGGCUGCGCGCGCACGACCUCAACCGGCCGGGCCACCAGCAGAACCUGGUGGACUGGGCCCGGCCCUACCUCUCCGGCCGCGGGAAGCUGACGAGCCUCAUGGACCAGCGCCUCGGCGGACAGUACCCGCCCAAGGCCGCGCUCCAGGCCGCCAAGCUCGCCAACAAGUGCCUGGCCGGCGACCCCAGGAGCCGGCCAUCCAUGGCCGACGUCGUCACCGCGCUCGAGGGCGUCGAGGCCAUGCAGGCGCCCGACGCCGGGGCCAAGGGCCACCGGGACCUGCCGCCGCGGCCCGUCGCGCGCCGGUCGUCGCCGUACCAUGAUUCUUCCAGGCCGCCGCGUUGAUGCAUCACUGCUUGAGCUUUGCUGCUAAUGAACAACACUUUUGAUUGAGCUUCAUUCAUCUAACCGAUAUACUAGAGUUUA